CAUGUCCCCAUCAACACAUUCAAUAGCUUCAAUAACAACAUCAUCAACAACAUCCUCUCCUUCAGAAACAACAAAACCUUCUUUCCAACAAUUUACUCCAAUACAAGACCAACAACAACGUUUAUUCUUACCUUCAUUAACAAAUUCCCCUUCUACGCCAACAAAAGGAUUAAGAAUUGAACAAGUUUUGCAAAAACUUUCAAAAAAUAAAGAUGUUGCCAUUGCUGAUAUUGUCGAGAAGCAAAAAAAGAAAUUAAUUUUCGAGAAAAAUAAUGGAGGAGGAGGAGGGAAUUUUGGGGAAGCAACAACAUCAUCAAUUUCUCCAGUAACUACUUCAAUUGUUGUCCCUCCAACUCCCCCUACUCCUCAACCAACAACAACAGUAAUACAUCCAGCAUUAGCAUUAAUGCAAAUUCAAAUGCUUGGACAAUUAGCCUCUUUAAGUAAUCAACAAAGAAUAUUUCAACAAAAUAAUGAACAACAACAAAAUUGUUUAAAAUUUUUAAGACAAGAAAAUUCUGCUUUUUCAAUUAACAGAAAUGAAACAACAAAAUCUUCUUUUUCUUUAAUUCAACCAAAAGAAGAAGAAAAUUUUAUUUUAAGGUGA